GCAAGGUUUCACUGUUACAAGCUGCUGCAUUGUGUCCCGGGUGGAGUGUCGCUGUGUACGAAAGAUAUCGCGUAUCGUGGGGAUCGCUACGUGGAUCUCAUACGAUUCCCUGACAAAUGUUCUUUCUAUUCCGCCAACUGCCGUCAAUUGGGACACUUUUGGGUAUUAGAAGAAGAUAAAUGUCACGGAUGGAUGCCUUAUAAUGAACAAUGGUACCUCGAUCGUUAUACCAAAGAACCAACAGAGCCUACAGAAGCUAAAGAACAUACACCACGCAGCGACGAAGAUACUGAACCCGUGACAACAGUAUCAGAUACUACGGUUACUACAGCCAGCAGCAAAGAUACUGAACCCGUGACACCAGUAACAGCUACUACGGUUACUACAGCCACCAGCAAAGAUACUGAACCCGUGACACCAGUAACAGCUACUACGGUUACUACAGCCAGCAGCAAAGAUACUGAACCCGUUACAACAGUAUCAGCUACUACGGUUACUACAGCCAGCAGCAAAGAUACUGAACCCGUGACAACAGUAUCACCUACUACGGUUACUACAGCCAGCAGCAAAGAUACUGAACCCGUUACAACAGUAUCAGCUACUACGGUUACUACAGCCAGCAGCAAAGAUACUGAACCCGUGACAACAGUAUCACAACCUGAGGGUCUGCGAACACGAAGCGACAAAGAUGCAAUAGAACGUGCAAGGUUUCUGCGUCAUAUCCUUAAAAAUAUGAAUUUUGGCCUGCUUAAUUCGAAUUGAGCACCUUAUUUGUGAGAACUCGCUUUAACAUUUACUUGGGUGAUUGAUUAUAGAAAGCUUAGGUAAAAAAUAUA